AUGCAUCCAGACUCCUGCACUGAGUACGACUCGUCCUCCAGCUGUAGCACAGCAUCGCCUGGCGGGGACACCCCUGGGUGCAGCCGGCAUCCUCCUGACUCGCUUUCAUCAUCAGUGGACGGCGCCAAGGACAGUGACACCAGCGCAUCGGACUCCUUUGUUCCGACCGUGACUGCCAUCUCGACCUCGCCGGAUCUGAGGUGGAUGGUGCAGCCGACGGUGCUCACAUCUGUCUCCCCGUCGCCCAGACGCGCCAAGACCAAAACGCACGGAGCGAACCAUCGGCCGUCGUCAGGUGCAAACAAGGCGAAGCCCUCCAGCAGGAAGGGCCAGAGGGAGCAGCCCUCCAAAGAGGAGGAGGAGAGGCGCACGAUCAGGAGGGAGAGGAACAAGAUCGCUGCGGCCAAGUGUCGCAACAGACGGAGGGAGCUGAUAGACACUCUACAGGCUGAAACCGACGAGCUCGAGGAGGAGAGGUCCACCCUCCAGACGGAGAUAGCCGACCUGCUGAAGGAGAAGGAGAGGCUGGAGCAGGUCUUAGCCUCCCACCAACCAUCCUGCAAGCUCCCUGCAAGUGAUGCUGAUGAGGAGGAGGAGGAGGAUAGGGAAGAUGGUGAUAGCAUAAUGAUGCAGGAUCCCCCGCCCUCCCCGCAGCUGCUGUCCAUCAUAGAGAAUGGGAAACCACCAGAGAGCAAUACAGCAAUGGGAGAAGCCUCUAUAAUUGGCCAAGACAUGGAUGACGUCCCCUGCAUCCCCGCCGCGGCCAUCUUGGGGAACUCCAACAUCCUCCUGUGCUCGAGCGCGGAAGAGGAGGCUCUGGAGGACUUGAAAGGAGACGACCUGGACGACCUGGUGCCCAGCCUGGAGAUGGCGGUGACCUCCGAGACGGCCUCAUCCGUCCCCGACAUAGACCUUAGCGGCCCCUUCUGCCUCUCAGACUGGGAGACCCUGUACAAGUCUGUGGCGAGCGACCUUGAAUCUCUGAGCACCCCCAUCAUGUCUUCCAGUCCCACUUGUAGCAACUACCGCACAGUGUUCUCCUUCAACUACCCUGAGAUUGAUUCCUUGGCCGACGGCUGCGAGGGCCUCAAAGGAAGCCUCGGAGAUAGUCUCAACUCCCCAACCCUUCUGGCCUUGUGAACGGAACCACGUUAUGCAAUGAUACUUUAAAAUCGUAUUCUAACCAGCCAGCAAGCUAUGAUCUUUCUCAAGUAACCUUUUGUAGUGUGAGUUUUGAUGUUGUGUAAACCUGAACAUCGAAGGGUUGUGUAUACGACAUGUUUUUUCUGUGAGAGAGUCGAUUUUCUUCCACGCUGCCGGUGCAGGUCUUCAAAAAAACGUGACUUUGUGCCGGUGUGAAAACAAGUGCAUGCAAAUACACGUCAUCAGUGAUUCAAGAAAAGGUGGUAGCUUGUGUUUUUAAAAUGCCUAAAUGUGAUGUGAUGUGUGAUCAUGCUCAGUAGCCUCUCUGUGUGUAAUAUAGUUGUGUUGUAACACGCGAAAAAAGAAGGGUCGCUCAUGUGUAGCAUAUCGGUGUCACAUCUUGCUGUGUAAGGAGUCCCAUUGACCUAACAUUUCCUUUAAAGGUUUUCCAUUAAAAAAAAUAUCUAUCACGUCAUGUAUUUUAUCAAGAUGUA